AUGUUCGUGCACUCUGCUCAAUCCACAGCUGCCUUGGUUGAUGGGCUGUCGUCGUGGCAGCUGCUGUGGUUGUGGCAGGUAUUUAUGUGUUGCGGAAAUGAAGCCGGUUGGUGGGACUGGGAUGGCUUUGUGGUGCAGCAUGUCGGUAGUAUUUUGGUAGCUAUCCAGCCGAUUCCCUCCGGCUUUCCUCGUUAUGAUGGUAUUGCUGUGGAUGUUGGCUCAUGGCUGCGUAGAUGCACGGUGUGGGGAACGGUUGAAGUGUAUGAAACUGCCCGCGUAUAUGGCCGCGAUGUGAGAGCUAAGGACGCACCUGGGGCAGCGAGGAGGCGGUUUACUCUUGGCGGAGAGUAGAUAAAUAGCGGUG